AUGGGUGGGCCCUCGAACGCGGCGCCAGAGAUUGAACCUCCGCCAGCUUCUUAUGCAGCAUCACAACCGCCUAUGGGUUUUAAUAACCCAAUCCCGACGUACCCAGGUUCUUCCGGGUAUAAUCCUUUCGAGAACCCAUCGGGGUACCCAUCGGACUAUGGAACUCAAGACCCGUACCUUACAGCUGCGCAAUAUCAUCACCUUUACUCUUCUUCUUACCCUCCGGUUCAUCCAAUUGGAUACCCGGUGCAGGGUUAUCAGUACCCGCCGUACCAGCAACCUCCUCCACCCCAGCAGCAGUAA